AAAGAAAAAGAAAAAGCCCCGGCGCCCUCUUCUCUCCCGGGUUACUGAGCAUGACACAGUAUCUGCCGGUAUAAAAAGCUGGAGCCACUCCUAUCAGCGCUCCACUCGCAUGUCUGGCUCUUUGGCGAGGAGCAGGCUAAGAUAAAAAAUAUAUUUAAAAAAAAAGACAGAGGGGAGGGGGCAGGCAGGCUGCUGGUGGGAUCCAUAGGAAAAGCGCAGACACGUAUAGAAAACAGAAAGGAGAAGGAUGGCCACGUUAGUAGAAUGUGCAGAAAUGGAGACCUUGGGCGCCCAGAGCAACACCAGCGGGGCUUCUCCGACGUCCUCCAGCCCCUCACAGCACUUCAACGACAGCAAGUUUUACCUGCUGGUGGUCAUCGGGGAGAUCAUAUCAGAGGACCACCUCAAGUGUGCCAUUGCGGACAUAGAGAAAGGGAUCCGUUCAUGGGACACCAACCUCAUUGACUGCAACCUGGACCAGGAGCUCAAGCUCUUUGUCUCCAGACACUCGGCUCGAUUCUCCGCAGACGUCAAAGGGCAACGAAUUCUUCACCAUAAAAGUAACAUCCUCGAGACGGUUGUGCUCAUUAACCCUUCAGAUGAAGCCGUCAGCACCGAGGCUCGCUUAAUGAUCUCUGACACAGCCAGACACAAGCUACUGGUCCUCUCAGGGCAGUGCUCAGAAAAAACGGGGGAACUGAUUCUUCAGUCUGGAUCUUUCUCUUUCUGCAAUUUCAUAGAUAUAUUUACUGAUCAAGAGAUUGGUGAAUUACUCAGUACUAUCCCCCCAGCAAACAAAGCCAACCUCACACUCUCUUGCCCCGAACAAGGAGAUUGGAAAAACUCCAACUUGGACAAACACAACCUACAGGACUUCAUCAACAUGAAACUAAACUCGGCUCUCAUCCUCCCAGAAAUGGAGGGUCUCUCAGAGUUCACAGAGUAUUUAUCAGAAUCAGUAGAGAUCCCUUCUCCUUUUGACAUGUUGGAGCCCCCAACCUCAGGUGGAUUUCUGAAACUUUCUAAGCCAUGCUGCUAUAUUUUCCCCGGUGGUCGAGGAGACUCUGCUCUCUUUGCUGUAAAUGGCUUCAACAUGCUCAUUAACGGUGGCUCCGACAGGAGGUCGUGCUUUUGGAAGCUGGUGAGACAUCUAGAUCGGGUGGACUCCAUCCUCUUGACUCAUAUUGGUGAAGACAAUUUGCCAGGCAUCAACAGUAUGCUGCAGCGGAAAAUUGCAGAGCUUGAGGAGGAGCAAUCGCAGGGUUCGACAGCUAACAGUGACUGGGUGAAGAAUAUGAUUUCUCCAGAUAUUGGCGUUGUCUUUGUGAAUUUUCCCGAGAACCUGGAAAACCCUGAACCUGAUUACAAAGUGUGUAGGAAUGUUGAGGAGGCAGCAUUCACCCAGGUGUUCCUCAACAAGCUAAAUUUAAGGAUCGAGCCUUUGCAGAAGCCUGUAGGAAACGCUAUAGAACCUAUCACACUUUUUCAGAAAAUGGGUGUUGGAAGGCUUGAAAUGUAUGUGCUCAAUCCUUCAAAAAACAGCAAGGAGAUGCAGCACUUUAUGAAGCAGUGGACAGGAAGUGAAAACGACACUACCUCCAUUCUUCUACCAAAUGGAAAAGAGUCUGAAUUCCCUCUUUCCUACUUAACUUCAAUCUCUUCACUCAUUGUGUGGCAUCCCGCAAAUCCCUCCGAUAAGGUUGUACGGGUUCUAUUUCCUGGAAAUGCCAUCCAGGACCAAAUAUUUGAAGGCUUAGAGAAGCUAAAGCAUUUAGAGUUCUUGAAGCAGCCAGUUGUCACUCAAAAAACUAUGCCUUCCAGUACUCCAUCCACACCAACGCUGAAGCAAGCAAAGAUGAAACACAGAACAGACAGUAAAGAGAGCCUAAAGUCUACCCCAAAGCCAUCACCAAGCAAAGCCAUGCGAAAGAUUUCAAAGGAGGAAACACCAGAGAAGGCAAAGACAGACACAGAAUCAACUCCUGAGAAAACACUGAAGUUAGAUAAAAAGGAAAAGGUCCCCUUGAAAAAAGAAAAGGCAAAGCCACAGGAGAAAGAACCAAAAGCAAAUGCAGAUCAAACUGGACAAAAUGAAACUCCCGAAAAAAAAUCUGAAGCAAAGUCCAAAAUGGAAAAAAUUAAAAAGGAAGCCAAACCAUCAGCAGAAAAGAAAAAAGAGUUUAAAAAAGAAGUAGCAAGGAAGGAUGAAGCUAAAAAGGAAGAAAAAAUAAAGAAGGACGAGGCAAAGAAAGUUUUAAAAAAGGAUACAAGAAGAGAUUCUCCAAUGAAGGAGAAGAAGGAAGAAAAGAAGGAACUAAAGAAAGAUGCAAAAAGACUCUCCAAAGAUGUUAAAAAGACUUCCAAUGCAGGUGAGGAAAAAAAUCUAAAACCAAAACCACUGAAAAAGGAUGACUCUUCAAAGAGAGAUCUGGGAGCUGCAUCAAAGUUAAAAGAUAAAGGAAAGUCAAAGGUGAUAAAAAAAGAAACAAAGGUAGAAAACAAACCAGCAGCAAGUACUGCCAUUGUUGCAGAAGACCCAGAGGAAGAAAGGUUUCUGAUGUCCUCCCCAGAAGACCUCACAAAAGACUUUGAGGAACUUAGAGCUGAAGAGUUUGUUGAGGAUGAUGCAACUGUACAGCAAGAUGGGGAGAAAGUGGCUUUGAUGGCCCAAAACGAACAAGUGAUACAAACCAAAGAGUCACCUGAAGGACUAGAGUCUGUGGAUGAGGGCAUAACAACAACAGAGGCAGAAGGUGACAGUGGAGGGACUCCAGACGAGCAAGUCCUGAAAGGCAAGCUCAAUGGCAGUGCUUGUGAGAAGUUUGAGGAUGAGGGCACUGUUAUGGAGGAGACAUCUGAGGGAGGAGACUAUGAUGAGAAGGGAGAGACAGAGGCGGUUUAUGAGCCACAGGAAGCAGAAUCAGAUGAAAAUAACCACCAAAAUGAGCACCAAGCCAAACAUGAUGAACUGGAACAAAGAGAUGAAGCGAAGGACAAUGAUGAUAUCACAAAUAAAAAUGUAGUAGAGGAGCAUCUAAAUCCUGACACAAGAGAGAAGCAAAAACUCUUUGAAUCAGCUUCACCCAAAGUUUCUUCCCCAGUUUCUCCUGCAGCAUGUACCCAUGAUGAAAUCCCUCCUGUUGGCUUUGAAAGCUUCACAACUUCAGAUGAAGAGAAUCGAGAUGAACCAGCAGAAGAGUAUACAGUUACAUCAGGUUACACGCAGUCCACUAUGGAAAUCUCCAGUUUGCCCACUCCCAUGGAUGAGAUGUUGACUCCCAGGGACAUUUUGAGUGAUGAAACACCCAAUGAUGAUACAGGAUCUCCAUCACAGGAUGUUGAAAGGUUUGGGAAAUCAGAGUCAGGAGAGUUUGAGAAAAAGAACCUUUCUCCACUUCAAGAUAUACCGGGUACAGGUUUUUCUCAGAGUGAUGUCACAGAAGGCCAAGACUAUCACCAUUCUGCUUUAACAGUAUCCCCCCCUUCACCUCUAAAAGGAGAUCAAUUCUGUGAAGAGCUUUCAUCAGGUGGAAAAGCUGAAAAAUUUCCAACUGAUCAAGAGUCAAAUGAAAGGCAUGACUCAGUAAAACUUAGCUCGGUAUCCACAUCAUCUCCUGUUGUUCGUUCUCCCUCAGUGGAAGUUAAGAACAUCAUUCAUUCUUCUUCAAUGACGGUUGCUCCAAUAGAACUGUCAUCCACCCUGGCAAGUUGCACCCAAGCCGCAGCUGAUUCCUACAAGAGCCCUGAUGACAAACCUUUGGAAGGAGCUAGUUCGCCUCAGUCCUCUGGUCACACUCCUUACUAUCAGUCACCAGUUGAUGAGAAAGUAGAAACUCUACCACCUUUUCCAGAGGACAGCUCACAGGGUCCAGUUAUUGUGGAGAUCACAAGUGAUAAAGAAGACUCCUACAGUAGAGUUACUCCUGAGCCUAAUGAUCCAGUAGUAGAACAAUCAUCACCAGUAGGUAGGACUGAUUCUGCUCCACAAAGCCCAUCCAUACCUGAGCCUGAAUCCCCACAGGAGUCAUCACCCAUCGAUGCCGAAGCUAAGAAACAGGAAGAGAUCAGCCAUUCACUGCUGUCCUCAGCACCACUAAACAAACAUGAAUCUGACUCUGGGACUUUUACAACUUUUAAAGAAGAGAGUAAAAUGUCUAUUUCAGAGGGCACUACAUCAGAUAAGUCUGAAACUCCCCUUGAAGAAGUGGUUGCAGAAGAUACAUUUUCACACUUAGCCUCAGCAUCCACAGCUUCCCUGGCCACUAGUUCAUUGCCAGAACCGACUACUGGUUCUCCUUCUCUGCAUGCUGAGGUAGGCUCACCUCACUCAACCGAGGUUGAUGACUCUUUGUCUGUCUCAGUGGUUCAGACUCCAACCACCUUUCAUGAGGCAGAGGGAUCACCAACCAAGGAAGACAGUCCAAGGCCUAUGUCUAUCUCCCCAGAAAUCUCACCCAAGACUAAAAGCAAAGUGCAGACACAGGACACAAAAUCUCCAGAGCAUUCCACUAUGUCUUUAGAGUUUGGCCAGGAGUCACCCGAUCAUUCCUUAGCCCUGGAUUUCAGUAAGCAAUCUCCAGAGCACCAGUCACUGGGCAGCAAUUCUCAUGCUACAGAAAAUGGUCCAACGGAAGUGGACUACAGUCCCUCAGAUGUAACAGAGAUAAAGGCAUCUAGAGAACCAAAAUGUGUAGAAAACCCUUUGCUUUUUGAAGGAGGUGAUUCAGCCCGCACCACUUCGGCAACCCCUUCAGAUGCAUCUCAGUCUUCUGUUACAACUCCAUGUCAAAUGACAGAGAACCUACAUGCUGCUGUGGAGCAGACAGAUAAGUCUCCAUCCACCCCAAAGGCCUCAUCUCUCACCCUUUCUCCCCAUUCCAAUGAACCCUCCCCAAUAUUAGGAGGUCCCCCAGCUAAUACAAGCAAAAGCCCAGUCUCAGAAACCACAGCCAAACUGGAUUCAGAGGGGAAACUUGACAACUCACCAUCACCUCCCAAAGUCUCAUCCCCAUCUACAACUUUCAAUAUUUCAAAAGGAGACACUGUUUCCCCAAAAACAGAAACAAAUCCAUUCAAAUGUGAUGACUCUAUACUUGAAAAGAACUCUACAAGUCCAAAAGUUCCUUCACCAUCAGAGCUACCUCUCUCCUUUGAGCCUUAUGAUUUCAAUUCUCCCUGUGGCUCUAGGGAACCAGACUCCCUUAAAAAGAGCCCCUGUCCUCCAUCCAAGACAGAUGUUGAUCUUUGCCUUGUGAAAUCUUGUGAGUACCGUCACCCCAAGACUGAGUUGUCACCGUCAUUCAUCAACCCAAACCCUCUAGAAUACUUUAUUAAUGAAGAAAACGCCUUGGAUGAGGAGAAACCCCUGACCAAGUCAGGUGGUGGACCCCCGCCACCAGGAGGUAAGCUGUCCGCCAAGCAAUGUGAGGACACCCCACCCACAUCCAUCAGUGAAUCUGCCCCAUCACAGACAGACUCAGAUGUACCUCCAGGAACAGAAGAGUGCCCUUCCAUCACAGCAGAUGCAAACAUUGACUCUGAAGAUGACUCUGAAACUUUACCCAGUGACAGAACUCUGACAUACAGGCAUGCCGAUCCACCUCCACUGACACUCAGGGACUCUGCUCCAACUUCAGGUAAUCAUGAUGUUUGUAUGGUGGAUCCAGAAGCUCUAAAGGCUGAAGAAAACCUUCACAAUGCGAAUACAGAUGGUGGAGACAAGACCAGAAAGAAAAAGCUAUCAAAAAUGUCCUCAUCGCCAGCCAGGAAGAGUGGUCUGUCAAAGGUUAAGGACUCAAAGACUGCUUCUCCAAAGAAGGGUGCUGGAGAAGGAAAAGAUGUCAAAAAUGCAACCAAUACGUCUGCAUCCAAAGGUGUGAAAAGCUCUGCAUUAGGUACUGGAAGUGGGAAAGUGCCGCCUCUGUCCAACUGCCCUCCUAUGUACAUGGAUUUGGUUUACAUUCCCAAUCACUGCAGUGCCAAGAAUGUGGAUGCUGAAUUCUUUAAACGUGUCCGCUCCUCUUACUAUGUAGUCAGUGGCAACAAUCAAUCAGCUCAGGAACCCAGCAGAGCUGUCCUGGAUGCUUUACUUGAAGGAAAAUCCCAGUGGGGAAACGGCAUUCAGGUCACUCUAAUUCCAACCCAUGACACAGAUGUGAUGAGGGAGUGGUACCAGGAGACCCACGACAAGCAGCAGGAGCUGAACAUCAUGGUUCUGGCCAGCAGCAGCACAGUUGUCAUGCAAGAUGAGUCCUUCCCAGCUUGUAAGAUAGAGCUGUAGCCUUAUUGUAAACACCAGAAAGGAGUGUUGUUUUCAAAGAAAACCAAACUCAUGUAGCACUAACCUUGAACUGACACAAAACCACUGAAUGAAAUGAAAACCUGUAAUGACCGUUAACUAAUGUUACCAAAAGAAGAAGAUUAGGGCCUUCAUGUUUCAGCUUGAUCCUAAUAAUAGGAUCAAACAGCAAAGAGAUGAAAACCCAAAUAAACCAGCAGCACCCCCUGAAUGUCCAGACCUGCCGGUUUUGAUAUAGUCACAUAAUGAUGGUACUUUUUUUUUUGUUGGCCUCUGAGUCUUCUAGUCAAUAUUUAUUGAUUCUGAUGUAUUAUCAUAAAGCUCUGUAAUAUUUAGUUAGAGCUUUUUGGCAAGCUCUAACUCUAACAAGCUCCGUUUGGUUAGGGAGAAAACCACAUUUGGUGUGGUUUCCACCCACACCAAAUGGAAGGAAAAAGUCUUUCUGUAACUGCCUUAGAGAGUCAAAGUGAAUGUAGAAGACCUGAUUGGAUGAACAACUCUGAAGACUCAAUAAAUACUAAAUGGUAAUAGCUAGAGAGGGAAAUGAUGAUGAUAAUAGACUGAGAUGCUUGAGUUUAAUGAUCAUUAAUAUAAUGACUGCUGCUACCGAUAGAAAUUUUUUUUUCCUUUAAUUUUUAAGUUAGUUGAAUUUUAUUAUUUAUGUAACUUUUUGUUUUGCAAUGAGCUAUAACAGUGAAUUAAAACUUUUGUUUAUGACUAUUUAAUUUUCACAUCAAUCAAUAGGUUCAGAAAACUCUACAGUGUGAAAAAUCAUUUUAUAGACUUCAUUGUCUGUAAAAGAAAUGUAGAAGAAUGGUGUUAAUUUUGGAAUAUCUGUUUUACUUACAGAUUUUAUGCUAAUUCAAGAAAAAUCUUAUUUCUUAGAAGUGUUUUUUAUGUAAUCAGUGAGCUUUAAAGCCUUUUCCCAUUGUAAAGCCGGCAAAGCAGGAUAUUUUCAUAAUCCUUACAAUGUCUUGUUUUUCAAAAUUGUGCUAUGAUUAUAAAUAGCUUUGUGGCCAAUAGAGUGGUUGGGAGGCAUGCAUGAGUUAUGCUAUACUGGAACUUUUCUUACUUUUGAUGAGGUUUUUGCUCACACUUGCUUUUAAGAGCUACAAGAAAUUACAAUGAGAGAACAAAAGACUAAUUUUGAAAAGGGAAAAAAAUGCACCCAAUCAGCAAUUUUUGCAAGUUUUCAGUGACAUAUGUACUCCACACAAAUUCCAACAAAAGCCAGUGGCACUGUAGUAACAGAAAACAUGACUUAGGGCACAAUGUGUCAUACAUUUUCAUUCUCAGCCAAAAAAAAACAUGGGUGAGAAUGACGACAAACCAACUUCUUGAAGAAUCUCGGUCACGAGGGAGGCAGCACACAGAAGUGAGAGUGAAUGGCUUGUGUGUUUUUUGACAAAAGUAUGUAAAACCAAACACUAGACACUUUAAAAAAACAAACAUGACUCACAUCAAACUUACAGUAACUCUGGCCACUAAUCAACUCUGACAGGCCAGCAUAUGGAGGAACAUUUAAGCAACCACAUCCUGAUUACAUGCUCUGGUAUUUUGGGCUAUCCAAUGAAAUCUCAUUGGGUAUUUCUUAAAUGACGUCAGCUUUUCAUGAUACCACCACAGACUGGUUUUCCCGCAAGGGAACCUCAAAACCACCACAUCACCACGAACGUACUGUCAAACUGAACUGACAUUUCUCUUCUCUGUUCUCUGGUUCCUUCCCUACACUUCCUCUAGUUCUCUCUCUUUCUCUCUGAAUCUCUAUCUGCCUUUUCUCCCAUCACGUCUUUCUCUCGGAAGAAGUUUAAAAAUGUUUGCAGCUGUGUGAUAUGUUUGUCUUGUGAUUCUGGCAUCCCUUCUGCCUUUUCCCCACACUCAUGUAUAAUCUAUAGCAAUUAGUUUACUUAGUGCUUUCAGAUAUUUGUGUGCUAUCUGUCCUCUACAGUACCUGUUAUGGCAAAUCUUAUGUAAGAGUAACCACAAAUGAAAGGACAGCCACAAUAAAAUCUGUUGUGAAAGAAUAAA